AUGCCCAAGUUCUUUUCCAUUGCCGGCAUCCGAACUGUCGGCAAACCAAAUCCGCAAGUUCCUUCUGCGAGUCAGAACAAUCAAAAUGUCAACCUCAACGAAACGAACGCGACAAAAAGCAGCGAUAAUGAGGGGACCACAGCUGCCGCAAAUGCCACGACAUCUCAAUUCAAUAAUCACGCUACUGCCACCAAGAAUGCAAAUGCAAAUGCAGCAUCUAACCCGUCCAACCAAGAACCGCAACAACCACAAAGUCUCUUUCACAAAUAUCCCGGCAGCGGCAAGUUGACCAUUCAACAGAAAAAGGGCAAGACUGGUCACACCAAAAGCGUCAUUCGCCGCGUCCCCAUUUACACGGAAGACUACAAUUCCUCGGACGAUGAAGACAUGAAUCAACAUCGUGCUGAUGUGCAUAUUCCCCAAAGUCUUUUGUUGCAAGAUGACGAGACUAUUUUGUUGGAUGAAUUGGACAAUGAAAUCACUCGUCAAGAAGAACAAGAACUGUUGGAUGAAUGGAAUGAUAAAAUAACUGCCCAAGAAGAAGUCGAUUUGAUGAAACGACUCUGGAUCAAUAUUGAACAUGCUGCUUAUUUGGAACAUUGUGCGGCCAAGCCAUCGGCUGUUUUGGUGGUGGAAGAUCCGUUGUCCUAUAACAAUGAUCGUCGUCCAUUGCUCUCUGUCAAAAUGCCAAAGUCCAAGGUUCCAACCCAAUUGGUAUUUCCUACCGAAAUCACUGGAACGGUUGACUUUUGCAAAGCAUCCAUAAAGUUACCAAGAUAUUUGGAUCAAGAACACAAGAUUCUUGCCUUUACCAGAGCUGAAUUCUACACGGGGGUAUUUCUGCCAUUUGAAACAGACCUUUUGGGCGAAGCAUACAAGUCACUUAAUGGAUGGGACGCGAGCCUCUUGGUCUCGGAGGAAGACCCCUUUUCGUAUGUCUUGCAAGCCAGAGCAGAAAGGGGGGUUUUGGAAGAGUUGAAGAGACAGGCGGAAGUAUGGGUUCAAGAUCGGAUACGCAUGAUUAAUUCCUACUUGUUGCUACGAGAUGGAGCCAGUGUUGUUAUCGAUAACCUGGUUCAGCCACGGCUAUUCGAGGAAGCUGUAAAACAAGAAAAAAAGGCAUUUAAGAAGAAUGUGGUGGGUGUUCUCGAAAAGAACUUAGGAUGGAUUGAGAAACAUGCAAAGAGUGAGAACCGACCAGCAUCACUAACGGGAUGGAGAGUGAGUGUUCAAUUCAAAAUGCAUCCUCGCCCUUGUACAAUUGAUGCAACUGGCUCUGCCGAGGUCUUGGCUCAAUUGGCCGAGGCCACAAGGGAUUGGGUACAAACUCAAAGUCUGUACGCAAUUACAGAUUCUUUUGAAUCGUCUCAUUUGACGUCGUCGACAAGAGGUACUCCGAGUAAGCGAAUUCGAAUGACUUUCCGCUACCCAAGAUGUGUGCCACUGGGCUACGAGAAUCGAAGCCAGGAACUAUCCAAAACGCAAAUUCCCGUCCAGUAUGCGAAUUGCGGUGUCUCGCUUGCCGGAAUUAAGGAGCGAACUCUGUUAUCAUACAUGAUGGGUGGGCCUGACGCCUUUGAGAAAGGUUGCACCUUGCUCACAAUACAUGGGAACGAAUGCAACACACCGAAUGACCUUCAGUGCAUUUAUUCUCAGGCUCGAGAAACGGACAGAAAUUUCGUCAAUUUGACUCUGUGUCUCUCUAGAUAUACCAAUUUUUUGGCCAUUCCCGAAUUGAUGGAUAUGAACCCAAGACGCCUCGACAGCAAACCAUUCCAGCUGAGCGACUACAAAAACCCAGAUUCCAUUGAAGCGCCAAUGGGGCAAGUGCAGCAGCAGAAACCGGCUGGGGCGGAAGGGCCACCUGUUGCCGAACAGCCAUUAGCUGUUUCCAAACAGCCAGCUGCUGUUGUUGAAGAGAAGGAAAGAGACGGUAAUUUUAAACAACCAGAAUUUGCCGCACCGGACGAAGAUGCCCCACAUCAAGAGCAACCAAACGUUCCCGAAAAAAAUAAAUUGAAAGAAAAAGAUCAGGAAAAGUGGAUUCUUCGACUAUUGGAAAAUGAAAAGUCCAUCGAGAUGGAUGUCAUUUUUUCUUCGGGAGAAAGUCUGGGUGCUAGUUGCAGCCUUUGUAAAGUGAAAGGAGGAGGAGUGCUCUUGUUCAACCCCAAAAAGGACGGCCAACUACUGAAAGUCCUUGGAAACGCUUCGAAGUCCAACUUUGUCUUGUGGAAAGUAAAUGGAUCCAUUGUCAAGCAUUUCGAUCACCUGAAAAUUUUGGUAGUAGCAGCCAAGAAGAGCAAGAGACCUUUGCAAUGCGUUCUGGUGAUGCACGAAGGCACUGAUCUGAGUCAAAUCGAUAAGUCGAAGCUCGUUCUUGGAGACACUGCGAACCCGCGCCGACGCAAUGGGGACACUCAUUCGCUCGAAAAGCAGCUGCGACCAACAAAAACGAGUGUGGCCGCAAAUGGUAGCAACACGGCGUCUCGCAAGGAUGAAACUGAGGGCUCCGAAGAAGAAGCGGACUAUGCAGCUGAAUGGGAUAUUGAUGACGACGAUUCUUCCGAUAGUGAUGUUUCGGCACUCAUUAGUUUGAAGAAGAAGAAAACAAAUAUUUCGAAAAAGAAGAGUACAACAUCCAAAGCAAGUGCAUCGAAACCUGGCGCCUCCUUGGAGGCAACAACUCGUCAGAAGGGAAAAGGGAGAGAUACGCUGGAAUCAAACCCCUUCAGUGAUUCCGAUAGUGAUAGUGCCGAGCCGACUCGUGCAGACCUGAAAAAGAGAAAACGGGUACCCAAAAAUAAGGAUUCGAUAUCCCAAGGAAGUGCAACAAACGCUACGAGUACAUCUGGCAAGCCUGUCUCUCAAAGUGCAGAUUUAGUUGUUGCCGACGAAGCUCCUAUCCCCAAAAAGCGCCGAACCAUUCCAACCACGAAUAUCGUCUCGGAUAGAUCAACUUCGACUAGUGGUUCACAAGCUCUUGCCGAUCCAAACUUCACAACGAAUUCUAGCCAGAUGAGAAGCAAGGUCAGCAGCAUUGGAACAUCCGCUUCUCAAAAGACGAAUAAUGCAUCGCUUGCUACCACAUCUCGUGGGUCGAACAAUACAAAUUCAUCUGGUCGAGCCACGUCUACUGGCGCAACAUCCGACCCUCUUGCAGAGCUUCUUUUAGUGCCAUCAAAACCGAAAUUAAAACAAAAGCGAACACAAUUGACGCAAUCGAAUGAAGAACCGGCUGGAAAGAAACUCAAGGGGAGUUCAGUCGUCGAAGCUCAGAGGAAUGCAGCAAAACAAGUGUCGGAGCCACCGAUACCGCGUCGAAAGUCGCACGAACCAAAGGGUUCGGCACUAAUGCAGGAAUUCCAGGUCGAAUUUGCAUCUUUACGGCCAAUUGGGGCAUUCUUUAAGACGGAGGGGUCAAAGUGCAAAGUUUUCUCUGUCUAUAAGAAAGGGAAUGCGAAAGAGGAUGGGAAAAUCAUGCCUGGGUCCAUUGCCGUGGCUGCGUCAGUAUCAGGAAGGCGACAAGAAAUUUCAAGCCACGAAGAGUUGCAAAAGCUUUAUAUUGAAGCCAAAAAUCGACAAUCAAAGAUACGUAUAUUUUUUGUAAACACCGAUGUCUUUGGGCAUAGAAUGGAUAUGCAAUCGGACCGGGAUUGGACAGAAUAUGGAGUUUGGACGAAUCGAUAUCAGGGUGGCUGGGCAGGUGGUGCAAAAACAAAGAACGGAGUUGUCUACAUGGCAAACAAGCUCGCCAGCAACAGAGAGUCUUCCGCUGCCACUAGCAUCGCUUCGAGAACGGAGAAUGAUAGAACCCCUAGAGAGACUAGUGGUCCAGAAAGUUUACAGCUGCGGGGUGAUAGCUCAACGCGAAAAAAUCCUCCAAGUGACCCAAAACCGCAGAAACGACUUGGACCAUGUAGGAUAAAGAACCCUUCCGCUCCUCGUGAACGACGGAAUGAGAAGGUGAAGUUUUCAGACGACAAGAAUGAAGUCAAGUAUUUUGUUGUUGGAUCGGCGACAGAUCAAUAUCACGAUGACAGUCAUGCGAUCUCAAACGAAAUGACAAUCGAAUCGCAACCGUCAUCUCCAUCAGAUGUCCUUAAGGAUGCAGUGACGAAUCAACGGUACACAAAGUUGAUUGAAGUUCUUGAAACAGGGGCGCCCUCUGCAUUUGAGGACACCUACAGAGCUCUUGCGAAUCACCACGAAUAUGCCAAGCGAGCCAUCAUUGAAGAAAAUGAACAUGCGCGAAAAAAGGAUAUGCAAGCGAAGAAAAAGGUUCUUGGUAUUUAUGUUCCUAUAUGCCUAUGUAUUGAACAGGUAAUGGAAUUGGGACACCUUUCAGACUUCACUUUCUGUGUAAAAACAGUCGAGCUCAAGAAGAAACCAAAGAGAAGAACGGUGGGAAGAACAGAGAGCCUUUCUGGCAAGGUGUCGAUAAAGCGCGGGGAGCAUGUGCACGAACUCGGCUCACUUCACAAAACCAAUACCAAGGCUUUCAUCUCCUACGGUGAAUCCGAGCGGAGAUCCUUUCGGACCACUGCUAAUGCAGAGCUCAGGCUUUCCACAUGUUAUCUUUUCAUCGACUUUCGAGAAGGAGUGUUUGAAGAUGCAAUCCCUGCUGCCAAGCUUGGGAACGUCAUGAUCCCCCUCAGUAAGAUCGGCCGUCGAUGCCCCAUUAAUAAGCCAUUGCAUGUUGAAGAAGAUUUGAAAGUGAAACCUGAUUCAAUCCUUUCCAAAGGAGCUGUGGGAAUUGAGAUUUCUAGGUUCAAGGCCAGUAGAGAUGCCAUCAUAAAGGAAAAAGAAGAGCUGACAAAGAGACUGUAUCAAGAAAUAUCAUACAUUAAGAGAUUCAACGAUGAGUUUGGAGGAGGAAGGAUCAGGCUUUCCGGAAACAUCAGAAGCAUGGGGAAUGCGACCUUGCUUCAUGCAGCAAUACAUCUAGGCGAGGAAGAAAUGGUGAAACGACUCUUAGAUCUCAGGGCUGAUCCACGUAUGAAGAGCAGUCGAUAUGGUACCCCCAUCCAUCAGGCGAUGAACUUGAAAGAUCGCUCGCUCGAAAAGCUUCAAAACCUUAUCAACAAUGGCGACCCACCAGAAAGGACUGAGCCAGUACAGCAUCUUUUCGACGUGUAUUCUCGAAUACUCAGGCUUCUGAAAUCGAAUGAAGAAGAGGAGCUCCCUGAUGACAUGAAAGGAAUUUCGGAUGACUCUGAUGAAGAUGAAGAUUAUCCGGGUGAUAGAUCACUUGGCUCGAAAAGAAAGGGUGCUUCCGGUACCUCAGAGGCAGACCAGAAAAAGCGACAGUUUGAAAUCAUGCAAGAGAUUUUCAGCAGAGCUCCAAAAGCAGCAGGGGGUUUAGAAGAUGGAUUGGAAGCCAACAAAUUUUUUGUUAGUGGCAUGCUGAGAUUGCAUUACAGCAAAGAGUGUCCAGAUGUACCGGCCAUGGAGAAGUUUGUAAAAGAGGCACAAGAUCGCAAGGUCUUGGUCUCUAUUUCUGAGACGAAGUUUAGGCUUGGUGCAGCAACUGGUAGUCAAGAAUCAGACAUUUUGACGAAGGAAAAAGAAGUCCCUUUGCCAGAGACGUCACUGAGCUGGCUGCAUCAUGGGAAGGUAGUUUGUGAUCAUUUCGGGACUAGUAGAGGGUGCAGGUAUGGCCAUCAUUGCCGCGAUGCACAUGUCUAUCACUAUCCGACAGACACGAAAUCGCGCCUCGUCCUCGAAUCAAAGGAGUUACUAAAGGAGAAGAGGGAACGUUUUGUACUGAAACCUGAGUUUUUGAAAACAUUGCGCCUAGACGGUUGGUUUACGGCGGGCUACUACAACCCGAAUAAGAGCAAGAGCUUGUAUUUCCAUGCCGAAGGUGGCAAAGGGAAAGCGAACAGAUUUGGAGUCAAUUGGUAUCCGGCGCUUCAUGAGGCAAAAGAAGCCCUCCAAAGAGUGAUGACAGCGAAAACACUGGGCCGCUAUCGAUACAACAAUAUCCUUUCUCAUGAAGAAAACAAAGCCCACCGCGCACAAUCACAAACCGAGGCUUCGUCACAAACGAAAGAAGGAAAUCGAUCGUUGCCACUAUUGAAAGAUAGAGACUGGAUGGACAAGUCUUUGGAAUUUCCCAGAUGUCCCAGCGGUGUCGAUCCGAAGAGCUGUCAGAAUCAAGAUUUCUGGCGAGUUGAAGCUCGUUUCGGGGACACGAUCGGACAUCAGUUGAAGAUAUUCCUCGAUCCAGAUGAUGUAUACCCCUUGGAAAGGAACGGCUUCCAUACAGCAGCAUUUGCUGAUCGCCAAAACAAAAAGAUCAUCUACGUAGAAGGUGGGAACUCGAAGAUAAAUAUCCAAGGUGUCCAUUGGUAUUCUUCAGAGUCUGAAGCAAGAAAUGCGUUGGAACCAGUCGUAGCAGCAUCUCGAACACGUUCGGCUGGCAGCUAG